GUGACGUAAUUUCCGGUUUGAACGGCGGAGCAUCAGCGAAUCACGGCGAUUGACGCGCGAUAUCAUGUCUGAAGGGAACCCGGUUUGCGAAAACAUCGGACAUUGUGGGGGAAAAGUGACCGUCUUCACAAAGUUUUAAUUGUCCAAUACUCUUAGCUGUAAACACCGGACAGAGAUCCAAGAUGCCCAUUCCUCCCCCUCCCCCUCCUCCCACCCUUAGCCAGGCAAACACAACCCCUCCCAAGCUGAGCCGAGAUGAAACGAAGGGCAGAGGGGCAUUGCUCUCUGAUAUCUGCAAAGGGACCAAGCUGAAGAAAGUUGGCGUUGUCAAUGACAGGAGUGCACCUUUGAUUGAGAAGCCGAAAGGAAGUGGCGGAGGCGUGUCCAGCAGUGGAGGGUCUUCUGCCGUGGUCCAGCCAGUGGGAGGGCUAUUUCAGGGUGGCGUCCCAAAAUUACGAUCUGUAGGAGAUGGUGCAGCAGGCCGGUCUGCAUUGCACCCUCCCGGCACUCGUUCUGCUGCACCUCGCCCAGCCGGCAGCCACGAUGACCCCGACAGUCCCUCUCAGCAGGCCUCUCCAGAGUCUGGCCGUUCCCAGAGACCGUCCCUGCCUGAUCUCUCCCGUUCCCCUGGUGGAGGAAGCAGCCCGUCUACAGGCAUGAAGCACAGCUCUUCUGCCCCACCUCCACCACCCCCCAUGUCUCGGCGUGGAAAUGCUCCUCCUGCUCCAUCGCAGAAAGCCAAUGCGCCCUUGUACAAUCGCGAAAAGCCACUUCCGCCAACUCCAGGGCAGCGAGGACCUUCUCCAGCGCUGGUGCGUGAAAACGCACCACCUCCACCUGUGAAACCACCUCCGUCACCUGCGAGCAGCCGCUCGUCUUCAUCCUCCUCUUCCUCCCUGGCCCCGCCGCCGCCCCCAUACCGUCAGCAGUCAGGGGUUUCCAAUGGCCCCUCCAGUCCUGUGAAUGAGGAUUCCCCCCAACUGCCCCAGAGACACAACUCGCUCAGCAAGAAGCCUUCAGCAGGUGGACACACACCGACACGUGGACAUGCGCCGCCUCCACCACCAUCACCCACCCCGCAGGCCGCCAGACCCCCUCCUCCAGCACGAGAGCCCCCGGGACGAGGAGCAGCUCCUCCAGUUCCUGGGCAGCCAUCACGAAAUGGUCGGGAUGCUCCUCCGCCGCCGCCUCCUCCUCACCGGACUCAUGGCACUAGCUCGGAUGUCCCAAGCCGAGGCAAGCCCCCUCCUCCCCCCUCCCGCACACCAGCCGGACCCCCGCCCCCUCCCCCGCCCAUCCGCAAUGGACACACUUCCAUUUCCCGUUCCUUUGUAGAUGAUUUUGAGUCCAAGUAUUCUUUUCAUCCUCUGGAUGACUUCCCUCCUCCAGAAGAGUAUAGACACUUCACUAAGAUAUACCCAAGCAAAGCUAACAGAGUAAUGAGAGGAGCCCCUCCUUUGCCGCCUGUUGGGAGGUAAACACUGUGACCAGUCGCUUGGAUUGCAUCGGCGACGAGGGUUCUUCACACAGACCCAUACGCUCAUAAACAGACAAUCUCACAUGCACAUCUAAAGACACAAAGCCUGCACCUUAUUAACAGCCAUUCGCCCAUCGGAUAACAUUCCUCUACAUUCAAGCAAGCUCCAUUGUAUCACCUUAGCCUGGUGCAGAAGGUUGUCUUCGCUCAGAAAAGAGUGAAAUAAAGGAAAGUAUUGCAUUCCAUCAUCAAUAACGGUUAACUAUAUUUAAUUAUUUUCCCUUGUAUCUAGGUAGCACUGCACAUUUGGUUGGAUGUGCACUGACUUUCAGAACCUGUAUGUAGGUAAAGCUCAGCACUUGAGAUGGGAAGCGGAAAGCAUGUCCCUGGAAAAUGUCUUAACUACUACGUCAGGCAACAUGUUCAGUGUUUUGUUGUUUGUUUUUCCUCUCAUCCACUACCCCAUGUUAUGCACUGUGAAUAAUCACUCAGAGCAGAAAGCAUCUGAGUGUGAGCCUAACUGUAAAAAAGUGUUCGAUUUAGAUGUUUUUGUCUUUUGUCCUGGUUGUGCCCCUUUCAGGGAACAGCCAUUAUCUUUAAGUUCUCUCAGGGGGUUUGUUGGGCUUCAUUACCCUCCGGUAAGUUUGUGAACGAAAGGUCCAAAAGUGCCAACAGAUGCUCUGCCAUUAAUAAAUCAGCUCCUUCAGUCGCAGGGGCGCCCCCAAGGGGUGGCCACGGCUAGGAUGAUUUGCAGUGGGAACUUAAUUUAAAUGCAGAAUGUAAAUUCACAGUAGUUUGAUAAGUGAAAAAAAUGCAGCACCGGCUGCAGCCACCAAAAAAGAUUGUAAAUUAGCGCCAUCAGAGUAGCUGCCCUUCCCCAUCCAAACAAAACACAGUGUGCGCGCUUACAUUAGGUGAUGGUCUAAACUAGUGACUAGAUCGUGUUUUGUUCCUGAAUAAAUCAACCGUUUAAAUGAUUCGGUUCAAUCGCAAUGACUCACUUAUUAUCAGUGAUUCGCUGCCACCUACUGGAGGUUUUAAGUUUCUCAUUUAAGGUACCUUUUCUUUUUUUUAAAUAUAAUUUCAAACAGCAGAUUUCAAUGUUUUAUGUAUAAAAUAUCAGAACAUUAUUUAUUCAUGUGUAACGGCAGGUUAAAGUAUUUAAUGUCCCACAGAGCUGCAUUAAACAGUGUAAAAACAUCUAAAUGGCACUUAAGAUGCAGCCUCUGUUUCCUCUGCAUUGCAAAGAUCAAUUUGGUUGAUACUGAUUGCAUUUGCUUGGUAACAGCCCAAAUGCAAGUAUCUGACCUAAAAGAUGCUGCACACUUUUAGAAAAAAAAUAAGGUAAAACUAAAAAAAUUAGGAGUCAGCUGUCAGUAAAAUUAGAAAUAAGAUAUCAGCACAAUAACACACUCAGUAAAAUAUUGUCUAAUUAUCGUUAUCGAUAAAAUCCCAGAAAUCACAGAGAGAUAUUUUAUUUUUAUAUAUAGCAAAUCCUUAUUUUUUUCCUUUAUUUUGAUGUGCCACCCCAAGAUUUACUGUGGCCUCCUUUGGCCACCCCUAUUAAUAUUUCCUGGGGGCGCCACUGUUCAGUCGUAACACAUCCUCCUUUGGGAAACCAGUAGGUCAUUUAUUCUAAAGAUGGUCUAUGGGAUUUUUUUUUCAAGUUUGGAGUUGUCGUCCUGCAAUAAUCCUCGUACUUUGUGGCGCGUUGUUAAUGCUGGCUUUUCCCGUUACAGAACGGCACGGCUAUGCUGCUUGCACUGUUUGUGAUCUGGCUGAAUGCAGGCCUUGACCACAUGGCGCCUUGGUGCAUUUUAACAAUGUAUGAACUCGGUCUAUAAUAUAAACGCUGGCUAAAUUUGCAUGUAAACCACAAAAUUGCUUUAAUUUUUUUCUGUUUUUAAACCGUGCAUCUGCUGUUUAGAUGACCAAGGGUUCUGGAACGGUUGUCUUAUACUAUACAGUAUUACUGCAUGAAUAUGGUAACUAGUCAUUUCAUUAUCAGUCAUGUUCAUCUAGUGAUGUUUGCAGUCAGUCUACCCAUAUAAGCUGCCACUGAUAACAGUUUAUCCACAGCUUGUUCAGUGUCAUAUCGUUCGAUCUUCCUGUUUGUACGAUUGUUUAUUUUCCAGAGAAUAGACUGCAUUUCUGAUCUAUUCAGAAUUAUUCAAAAAUGGAGUGUAGAUUAGAUGGGCAGGUGUGAACUGUUUUUCUCUCUCUCUCUCUCUCUCUCUCUCUCUCUCUGUUGUUCUGCCUUACAUUUACAGAUUAACAUGUCGGUACGGGAUUUGUAAUAAAAUAAAUAAAAUGUUGUAUUUACAAGUACAUAGAUAUGGUAGUGAUAGUUAUUAAUCUAUUUUUAAGUUGUAAAAAGCUUGUAAUAUAGUAUUUCAUGCAAACAUAGGAUUCAAAUAAAGUCUUUUGACUAAUUACUUGAUGAAAUGUCUUUGCACAUGAAAAUGGCUGAGGACGUUUUCUCAGACUAAUACUUGUCUUUAAUCGCCUUCUGUCUACUACUGCAGGUGUCAGUGAACGUGUCUUUAGAGGAGCAUAACUUACUCACAUUGAGAGAGAGGACUGUCAUUGUCACCAUUCCAUGCUUAACUAAAGCCUGUCCACACCUGUUGAAAUAAAGCUGAGGAAAAAAACAA